AUCAGCUUAUCUAAACAGUGAAGGGCAUAUUUUAUAAAAUAUUAACCAUGGACGCGUUUAAGGAAACAGUCUUCAAAUAUAAAACAGUAAAAUAAGUGAAAAUGUAGUGAAUUUUCAAAACAAAACGUAAAAUGUCGACAUACAUUGAUUCCGUGACUAAAAAACUGUCUGAAAAUUUAAGUGAUGUGCUAAACGCGGGUGCCAUUCUGAUAACUUUCUUCGAAACGUGUUUGUUUCCGUUGGCUAUUUAUAAAUUGAUAGUGGUUGUGACUAAGUAUGGCAGUGUGUUCUCUUGGUGGAGACGGACUGAUGACAAGAAGGUGGUUAAAUCUCGGUUGAAGUAUAAAAUACAGUUGUUAACAGUUGAGAAGUAUAUCCCACCAGAUUGUAAGACAGUGGAGCAGGUUUCUCAUGUUAGUGUGGUAAUCGAAGAAGAGAAUGUUCAGUUAAGCUACUGUGGACAAGACUGCAGAAGGAUACCUCCAGCGUUACAGAAGAUGUAUGGAAACAAAGUUAAAUGUUUAGACCUAAGUUACAACUGUAUCGAGACGUUAAAAGGAUUGGAACAGUUCAGUCGGUUAGAGGAACUUAUAUUGGACAACAAUAAGCUAGGAGACGCUGUAUCGUUCCCAUACUUAUCCAAUUUGAAGACUCUAUCGCUCAACAAUAACGAGAUAAUGGAUCUAGAAGAGUUAGUAAACAAGAUAAGCAAGCACUUCCCAGCGCUGACCUACUUGAGCCUACUGAGCAACAAGGCGUGUCCCAACCAACUGUCAGAUGUUGACAAGGACGACUCAGACUACCAAAGAUACAGAUAUUUCGUAAUAUACAUGCUACCGAACUUGCGGUUUCUGGAUUCCCGCCGUGUAUCGUCAGCGGAGAGGAAAGAGGCGGCGACGCGGGGCGAGUUUAUGCGCGUGAGGCGGCCACCGUCAAAUGAGUUCACUACUCCAUUCACGCCCUCAUUGCAAACUAAACCUGCAUUGCGACCCUUGCCUUUGGACUUAGGUUCAUUGGGCAAACACAGAGGUGCCUAUGGUAAAUGCAGCUACAAAUACACGGGCAAGCAUUCGGAGGGUAACAGGUUCAUAUUGAACAGUGAUUUAUAACCGCAUUGUAUAACGCCAUUAUAAUAAUAAUUAUCGUUAAUUCAAAAGUGCUAUUAGAUUAAUUAGGGUCAAUUUAUACUAGCGCAGAGUCGAAGCGCAUCGAAGCGUCUUUCCAAAACUGAACAUAACAAAUUCAACCUUAACUCCACAGCGUAACGCACACAUUACUUCUGAGAUUUUAAAAAGGUGCGCGCAUUCCUCUGGAAUCACGCGACUGCAGACGAACAACGUUUCGACUCUUCGCUAGUAUAAAUUGACCUUUAGGGUAAUUUGAUAAGUAAUUAUGCCAAAUUCCAAUGAUUUAAGUAUAAAGUGGAAAAAGGGAUUAAAAUGAAGUUUUCACAUUUCAUAUGAGUUUGUAAUAAAUAAUGCUGUUUUGGUAUGCAGGUACUGUCAAUCUUACAGUACAGCAGGUACAACAACCUUUAUUUCCAAAAUAAAAAUUGACUCAGUACAGAGACAGAGAGAGAGAAAACAUUGGUUGGCUACAGUACCCUUAUUAUGAGUUUGCUUUACGUUUAAAGUAAUCGAAAUGAGAGUGCGUUCGACGCUCUGAUUGGUUGGUAUAUUUGAGCCGGCCAAUCAGUAUUAUACUAAAGGUUGAAAAGUUCUCAGUAAUCGUUAUAAUUCUGUCCAGUAUCUCCAUUAUAUGCGAUGAGACUUAUAAUUGGAGGAAAAUAAGUUUAAUUUAAUAUGCACAUCUCUGCCUUUUUGGGAAUAAAAGGCGUGAUGUUGAUUAGUAUGAUUUCAUUAAUAUUAUCAACACCUGCAGUGCUACUGUUGGAAAAUUAUUAGAUUGUAUCAAAUAUUAUAGAUUACUAUGUCAAAAACUAUAAAGGUUAAAAUAUUAAAUUUUAUCAACUAAUUUAAUUAAUAAAAUCAUAAAAUGGCAACUUCAUUAAAAUAUAACAUUUUUUUCUCCAAUAUAGUUAGUGUUGUCGACAAAAUAUAACUUUAUGUAAAUAUUCAUUAAAAUGGCAGCUCAAAAAACACAUUUAUUUUAGAUCAUUAGCUACUCUGAAUUCGAUUUUAAUAUUCUAAAUUGAAAAAAGACAUUAACAAGCCUUAUUUAUACCUGUCCAAACAAUUUUGAGUUCUAUAGCGUAGGUAAUAAAAACAUAUAUUUGCAUAAUCUAUUGCUUGUUACAGCAAACUUAUGGUUAAGACAAUAAGAAUCAAAAUCGUUUAACUUGGUUGUAAAAGGAAUUUUGUAAAAUAAGUUAACAUUCCGAUACUAACAUUCCAUUUAAAUAAUGAAAAAGAAACAGUUUUAUAUGUCAUCGCUCCUAGCCGUUUUUAUUUAUGAGUGCCACAAAUAUCCAAAAUUCACCCCUAUAACAUUCCGUAAUAAGGGUGAAUUUCCUAUACAAACAGUUGUUUGAAUUCGCGCGUCUAAACCUAACGUUCAUCUUUAAAGGAAAAUGUGCAUUACUUGGCGGUGUUAAGAGUGAUUUUACUAUGAAUUGAAUUGUGUUCGAUGUGUGUACAAAAAUGAAUAGUUAUUAUUGAAAUAUUUUUUGUUAUGUUUGUAAAUAUACCUAAGUGAUUAUGAUUAUUUUUGGAACUUUAUGUUUGAGUAAAGAUUGUGUUAUAAAGUA